UAACUCUCCCAUCACAACAUGCUUCCUUCCAGAAUAUUAAUGAACGCGGCCAAAAAGUCCAACAAGCCUCCGGUGCCUGUGGAAAUGUACCCACUUUUCUUUGCCGUGGGUAUUGCUGUGUCUUCGGCCUGCUACUUCACCUAUAGGCACUUUGCUCACGACAAGCACUUGAGGUUGUGGAAGAAUGCUGACUUGUCGGCCUUGGACGACGUUCUUAACGAGCAGGUAAAAAAAGAGGCUCUUGAAAAGGAGGUCAAACAAGAGUAGAUUCGGGUCUAUGUUGCAUAAUAUACAACUAUCACUAU